AGUUGUUAGCUUAGAUGCCAGUCGCCUAUGCGUUACUAAACUACACAAAUGUUUUUUUUCUGUAUAAAAUGUAAGCGUUAAGCGAAAAACAAUUUUAUAAUGGGGCGAAGCAAGUUUCCGGGAAAGCCUUCCAAACACUGCCAUAGAAAACGGGUGAACGUGCUUCCUCCAACUGGGGAUUUAAAUCAGGAAGGCCAUAAUUCCUCGGUGACAGAUUCCGGAGCUUCUAAAGAAAAUAAACAGGACGAUGAACUCUCUGAAAACGAAGGUGAAAGUACAUCUCAAACACAGAAGGCAAGGCCCCUUAGAAGGAGACUGUCAAGAAAACUUAGCACAACAAUGCGCAAAAAUGGGCGUCAAAGAAACUUCAUAACCAAAGUACGAGGGAAAACCCCUCUGAAAAAUAAUUGUACAGCCCGGAACAGUAUCUCUAAAGGCCAUGUAUGCAAGGACACCAAUAAUUUUGUAGGAAAGUUUGUACUCCCAACAAGAAGUAUGCACUCAUCAAGAGUAAUCAAACCUAACAAAAGGUUUAUAGAUUUAAAUGAGACUUUAAGUGUUAAGAAGAAAAGGCCAAUGAAAAUACAAGAAGACAAAAGUAUUACUUUGGAAUCAGACUCUAAAGACAACAUUGCAUUUUCAAAUGGUCACAGGGUUAUAUUGAGGCAACCUAGACUUAAAUUACCAAAUCAAAUUGGUACUCAAGGACCUUUUUCAUCAAAUCUCCAUAAUGGGCCUGGUGUUGGUCCUGGUACAAUAAUCUGUGGAGUGUGUGGUGCUAUACGGUAUUAUCGUUUUGUUAAACAAGCUCGCAAAUUUAACAUAUACUGCUGCGAGUCUUGCAGAAAAUUUAUAUUGAAACAAAUAAAAAGACAAAAUGUAUCUGCUCGAAAUUCAAAUGUAUUAAUAUGUUUAGCCGGUGAAGGAACUUGUUAUGUACCACCAGUUGAAAGAAGUCAAAAUUGGAAAACAUCCAAAUACGCCUACAGAUCUAGAUGCCCAGCGUGUUGGCUGAAAAUGUGUAUCAAGGCAUUUCAUUUGCCUUCAACAUUGAAACAGAAUCUCACACAGUUGCUUCCUAAGAACAUGAGAGGCUUAGAUUUGAGUUUGAGUAAUUCGUUGCCGCCUAUUAUAUGGCAGAAAAAUGUUGAAAUACCCACUGAAACUUCAGAAGCAAUUUCAAAUAGUGCGAAUCAAAGACCUGUUAGAUUUAGACCAACAAGAAACCCUCAACCUAAUAAUCUACCUACUACUACUUCUGCUGCAUCUGAUGUUAAAAGACAGAAAAUUGACUUAAAAGGUCCUAGAGUUAAACAUGUUUGCAGAAGUGCCUCGAUAGUGUUGGGACAACCUUUAGCCAUAUUUGGAGGGGAUAAUACUGAUAAAAAAGCUAUUGGUGAAUCUUCUGAGCAAGUUAUUGAAAAAAUUGGUGACCCGAUCAAAGCAAAAGAAUGUGUUAGAAUCUUUUCACCUAGUGCAACUGAUGAUGAUAUUUCUUCUAAUAGCAGUAAUAGCAAAAGCACUCCAGAAAAGUGCAUAUCCAUAAAAAAGGAGAAAAGUAAAAGCCUAAAUAUACCUUUGAUCAACAAAAAGGCCACUGAUACAUCGUCUUCGCCAAUUUUGAAAGGCAUCCUUAUAGAUUACUCUCAAGAUCUAAACCUAGAAAACCGUCACAAAUCAGGAUUUUCCUUGAUAUUCACAAAAGAAUUUUCAACAACCAGGGCCAUGUGUUACCUUUGUGGCAGUGCAGGCAAGGAUAACAUGCUAGUCUGUUGUCUCUGCUGUGAACCAUACCAUUCAUUUUGUGUGGAUAACUAUGAUAAUAAUAAAAACCUGGAAAGUGAUUGGCUUUGUAUAAAGUGCACUCCAUGUCAAGAGUGUAAAGGAUUGGACAAAAAUAAGAUUAGCUGUCCAAAAUGUUUCAAAAUUUAUCAUAGUGAAUGUUUCAGCAGCAAGGAGGAUGCAACUUGUCCCAAAAUGAUUUGUAAGGAUUGUACAAAGUGCCAAGAUUGUGGUACAGCUACAGCAUAUAAUCUCUCAAGUUUUCCUGGAAAUAUGCCUCUAUGCCUUAACUGUUUGGAUAAGAGGAAGGUUGGAAUGCAUUGUCCAAUUUGUCAACAUUCCCUUGAAGAAAAUAACUCUGGAUCUAAGAUGUUGGAGUGUUCAAAAUGCAAAAAAUGGGUACACUCAGAUUGUGAGAAAUUAACGAGCGAACAGUAUGACAUUUUGAAAUUAUUGCCAAUUUCUUCGAGUUUCACUUGUAGCCAUUGUUUAGAGGAUUCAGAUUGUACUUGGCGUAAAUCCGUACAAAAUGAAAUGUACAGGAAUUUUAAUCAAGUUUUCAGGCAGUUAGUUAAAAACAAAACUGCUAAAAUUAUUUUGAGAAAGGUCACGACUCGUGGUUCUCUGUUCAAAAGAUAUAUGCUAACGAAUAAUCUUGAUAUUGACAAUAAUAAUUACAACAGAGAUAUUGACAAGAUUUACUCCUUUGAAGAAAGUGAGAGGCUCCAAACGGAUCCUUGCAUUCCUACUGUAAAUACUCUUCUAGACAUUAAGUACAGGCUGUGUGAGUAUAACUCCGUGAAAAAAUUUAACAACGAUAUGCAAGAAGCUUUAAGGGUGUAUAAUUCUGAACAAAUAAUACAUAUUUACAGAAAUAUAUUUCAAUUCGUAUUUCCUUGGUUCAGUCAAUCACAUGCUACAUCAGAAAAUAUUCCAUCUAUGCCUUAUAGCCAUAUUCAACUAGGACAUCCUCAAACAUACAGAACUCCUACAUUUAACACAAAUGAUUUUGAUAAUCGCAGAUGCGAACUUUGCCAAAAUACAGGUGAUGGAUUAAGUCAUCAGGAAUCGAGGUUAUUGUACUGUGGGAGAAAUACUUGGGUUCACGCCAACUGUGCGUAUUGGUCUACAAACGUUCAGGAGCAAGUAGACAAUCAUCUACAAAAUGUGAUACAAACAAUAGAGAACUCUAAAAGUAUUCGGUGUACAGUUUGUGACAAAUUUGGAGCCAGUAUCCAGUGUCAUACUUGCAGAUCUUUUAAAUUCCAUUUUAUGUGUGCAAGAAAAGCUGACUUCAAAUUUACAUUAGUGGGUAAAACUUCCUUUUGUUUUAAACAUUCUGCAAAAAAUUCUGACCAUAUUCUGAAAACUGAGGGUGAGUUUGAAGUUAACCAAGCUUUAUUUAUCGAACAGUAUCCAAAAGAUGUCUUGAGGGCUGAACCAGAAAAAGUGACAUGCCUUAUAGGAUCCCUAUGUGUUAGAACUCUAGGAAACAUUGAGCCAGUAUUAUCUGACACACCAGAUGCCAUUAUACCAUCAGGUUUUUCAUGCUCAAGACCAUUCUGGUCAACAAAAGAACCAUGGAAAUUGGUUACUUACAUAAUUACAACUUCAGUACAAAAUCCUAAUUGUACGACACUUACAGUGGAUAAAAAUUUUACAGUAGAUCAUUCACUGGAAAGAGAUAGUUUAGAUAGGGCCUUGAAGGCACUUAAUGAUUGGCGUAGUGUAUACGAGAAAAAAUCCGAAGAUGUAGAUUCGGAAGAUGAAGAAGAGAAAAAUGGAACGGAACUUUUGUCUCCUGAACUUACGGAUACACUCCUAGAAGACUUGCCUCAUGAUAUCUUGGAUGGUAUUUCUGUACAAGAUAUUUUCCCAAAUUUCAGUUAUGAAGAUAUGCUUGGCUUGGAUAAUAGCUACACAGAAAGCAUUGCGGAAUCAUUCAAGAAAAACGAUGAUGAAGACUCAACUAUGGAAACUACCGAUUUUAAAUCUGGAGCUAGAGAAUGGGUAAGAACCAAAUCUGACGCAGGAGUUAAAUCAAAAGUACCUCCUUUAAGUCUUACAGUCAGUUACAAACUGGAUAGCACUCAACCACCAGCUAUUAAAAAACGAAAGAUAUCGAAGGAAGCUUCUAAUAAUAUGCUUCUCCUCCAAGUGGAUGGUGGUUUUGAUGAUGAUAGCUCUAGUGAGUGUGAAUCGCCUACUGGGACACAUAUAUUGAAUACCUGGGCCAUCUCAGAAGAACCAGUUACUUGUGAAAAAUGUCAAUGCACCUAUAGGACACAGGCUAGCUACAAAAGACAUUUGGAUUCAUGUGAGAUGCUUUGCACAAGCGAAAGUGAUUCAGAAAAUAUGCCAGAGCAUGAUUUAGCACAUUGUGAAAAUGAAUCGAUGGUACCUAUGUCACAGCCAGGAGAGCUUACAGUGCAAGUGAAUGAAUCCAAUCAACCUGUUAUUAUCCAAGCUUUUGAAUCCUUUCAAAGUCAAGUUCAUACAUCUGUGGUUAAUUUGGUUCCAGAGCAUGCUCCAGCUCAUCCAACUCCUGCACCUCCACAAGUAACGGUGCAACCUACAUUCCCUAUUGCAGAACAAACGCCGAUUUCAUUAUCUGUACCUCUUUGUAUUGCAUCAUCAAUUACACCUCAAAUUGUUCAGCCGUCCAUAGAAUAUCAUCAGCCUCAAACACAACCUAUGACUUUACAACCAAUGCAACAGGUAUUGGUUCAACGGCCUCAACCUCCUCGUAGGGAACAUAUGAUGCUCCAGCAUAUCCAACCAGCUCCAACGCCUAGUUUUGUACCCUUUGUUGAUGCUUUUGGGCAGACGCAAACCAAUCAAAGUUUACAAUAUUUGCAGCUGGCUCCACAGGUUCAACCCCAGACGCAGCUAUUGCAAAUAAGGUCUGACGGGAAUGUGAUUGGAAUUUUGCCUAACAUACAACCAACAACUGUUAUUGUUCAGCAACCUCAGCAUCAAUUAGUGUUAGAUAGUAAUGGCACUUUUGGAUGGGCCCAACAACCUCAACCGCAGAUUUACUAUGGCUUUGAGACUAUCGUGCAAAAUACAGUAAUGCAAAGUCAACAGUUCCUUCCUACUCCAGUGCCUGGAGUGCUGGCCGCUAAUAGUAGUUAUAGCACUACUACUCAGGUAAUCCAAACCAGUAAAUUAGAGCCAGUGCUUGAUGUUUCUGCAAAUAGUUUUGUCCUAGUUAAUUCAUCCGGCCAGUUGGAGAUUCCUCAACAUUUCCAACAGAAUCAGCCAUCUACUGUUGUUACUUCUCAAACUCCUACGCUUAUUUAUUCUUCUCAACCGUCCAGUACUCAAAAGCCUGUUGUGACAACAACACAAAAUUGCAUUAGUUUACCUACGGCUCCAUUUGUAACUGAUCAAAAUAUUCCUAUGAAUGUUGUGCCUCCAAUUCCAAAAACACCUACUUCUCAUGGUAGGCCUAUGAGCAGAGUAUUGCCUAUGCCUACUAAUGGAGCUAGAGGUCAGAAAAAGAUGACCGAUGCCGCCAAACUAUUCCCUGAAAUUGAAAAACCUAUUCAAAUUAAGCUGGAGGAUAAAUAUGUAUUGUCUAAAGACAUAACGAAGACUAUUGAGGCGCCCAAAAGUAAAAACAUAAAAUUUGAAAUCUUGGAUUACAAAGUAAUAAAAUCUCAUAACAAAAUUGAUACCCCACAGGUUUUCAAAGUAGAAGAGAACACUUUCAAGGAAUUUGAACCUGUUGAAAAGCUUUCCAAUUUAUCCGCAUAUGAGCCUUUAAAAGAAAUUGAAAAGGUCAAAAUGGAAAUGUUUGAAAAGCCUAUUAAAGCAUUAAGCACACAUGAAAGAGGUGCUUAUUUAAAACUAAAGCAUUUUAAUUCUUUCGAGAAUCGAUCAAAGCCUUUGCGAUCACCACAAAAAGUUAAAGUUAAUUUACGAGAGAAACCAAAAUUAGAAAUAAUUAGCCACACAUACCAAGUUAAUCGUUGCUUGCGAAAAUUUGAAAAAAGCUUAGAAUUAGAAAUAAAUAAUCAUCCCACAGAAAAUAACUUACAGAAAUUAGAGGAUAGUAUACAAAAACAUAAGUUUGAAAUGUGCUCUCCUAAAAUAAAAAUAGAAAAUAUUACCAAAAAUGAUAAUGAAGAUCUGAUUGUUGAUAAUAUGAAAAAGGAGCAGCUGGAUCAGAAGGAACCGAUAGAACAACAAUUACAAAUCAACCCUAUACUGACGCCUAAAAUUGAAGCAAGUACUCCCAAGGAAAUAGCCAUAGAUACUGCAAUGCAUGAAGAAAUAGAAAAACCACUUAAAGAAUCCAUUAGGCAACCUUUAGACAUGCCAAAGCUAGAGGAUAUUUCAACUGUAGAAAAACCUAUUAGAAAGAACCAAGAAGUAUAUAAUUGUAUUAAUGAACCUAAACAAAAUUGUAAAUUAAAAUCUCCAAAUCACAACAUCCCCACAUCACUAGAAGUUAAAUUUAAGCUGACUCUUCCUAAGCCUAAAAAAGAGGAGCUUGAAAAUGAAGUAUUAAAACCUAGUACUAUAUCAAAUAUCAGUCCUCUAGAGCCAAAGUUACCAAUUAAAAAGGAAUCGGAAACGAAUGGAGCGCCAUCCAUCGUUUACACAAUGGAAAAUAAAGAUGAAGGCUUCAAAUGUUCAUCCACUUCCAUCGCUGAUUGUUGGGCUAAGGUUCUCGAUGCUGUGCAGGCAGCCAGAGCAGCUCACAAUAUGUCUCCAUUACCGACUGACGGUAAGCAAAUGAAAUCCGUCCAAUUAACCGGUUUAAAGUCUAGCCACGUCAAGUAUUUGGUUGAACAGUUGCCAGGUGCCUCAAAAUGCGUCAAGUACAAACCUCUAUUCAAGUUUACACCACAUCCUCAAGAUAUAGCAAGUAUUUGCUCACACGGAUUUGGUGCAGUCAGAUGUCAGCCUCACAAACAUGAAAACGCAGAGCCAUAUGAUAUGUUUAGUUGGCUGUCUUCUAAACAUAGGGAACCCUUUGUGUCUUUAGCUUUGCAAACUUCGGCAGUCCAGCAAUCCAGACGGAUGAAUAAUUUCUCAAUGGCAAUGAAAUUCAAAAACCUUAAGCUAACAUCGAAAAACUCCGUCGGUGUUUAUAGAUCUCAAAUUCAUGGUAAAGGGUUAUUCUGUUUGAGAGCUAUUGAACCCGCUGAAAUGGUUAUUGAGUAUGCUGGAGAGGUUAUAAGAUCCAUAUUGACGGACAAAAGGGAAAAAUUCUACAAUUCCAAAAGCAUAGGUUGCUACAUGUUCCGGGUUGAUGACAAUUUUGUUGUUGAUGCGACUAUGAAAGGGAAUGCAGCUAGGUUUAUUAAUCACUCUUGUGAUCCAAAUUGCUAUUCGAAAGUCGUUGAAAUUAUGGGACACAAGCACAUUAUAAUCUUCGCUUUAAGACGAAUUAUGAGUGGAGAAGAGUUAACAUAUGACUACAAGUUUCCUUUUGAAGAAGAUAAGAUUCCUUGCACGUGCGGCGCUAGGAAAUGCCGCAAAUUCCUCAAUUGAGGGUUUCUGUUUAUUUCAGGUACUUUUUUGAUUUAUGUAUCAGCUUCCUGUAGAAACUUAGAUGUAAAUUUAGAAUUAUUAUGGAUUUACUGAAGCUCAUAAUUUAGGUCUAAACCUUUGAAUGGAUACUUUUUGUUGUUUGUAAAUAUAAGCAAAUUUAAGAAGGAAAAGUAAUUUUGUAAUAAAAUAAUUAAAAUUAUCUCCUGAGGGAUAGCACAUCAAAUUCUGGCCCUCAUAUGUGUUAGAGACGUUGCUUGAAAAGAAAACCUGUUUGUAAACUCUGCGGGCCAGAAGAAGAUUAAAUAGUUUAACUAAGAUUUUAAUCAUAUUAUUACUGGUAAAACAAGGACAUGUCACACAAUACUGUGUAUGUUGCAGGGUUCUGUAUUCUGUAAUCUGUACUAGUUGUCAAGAGAAGUUCAUAUCUAAGUAUAUUUUUUUGUAGGCGUACAGGGUUAUCCAAACUUUCCUUCAAAUCGCAGGUUCAUUAUUUGUCAAAAAAGUCAAAGUCAAAAAAUGCUUUAUUGUCUAAGAACAAAAUUCUCGUUGACAAAGCUGUAAAAGGGAAAAAAAAAACAUUAUACAAAAAUAAUUCCAGGGCCAUAGAGUACCAAGAUUGAAAUAAUCAAAAUAAAAAUACAAUACAAGGUCAGACUAAAACAAUAAAAUCAUUUAAACAGUCAUUAAAACAAAAGAUGAAGUCACUUUAAAAAUCAACAUAAAUAUAAACAUAAAUCAACAUAAAUACAAAAACAUGUUCAUUCUAAAAUAUAAAAUACAAAAUAUCAAAAUUGCACAAACGUAAAGUCAACAGACAUAGAAGUCAUUAAAUAAAACUACAAAUUAUAUUCAGACAGUCACAAGAAAGCAUCUUGGAAAAAUUCUUCUGUGCUAUAGUAGGCCUUUGAUAAUAGAAGCCUCUUAAGAUGUACUCUAAAUUUUUUACCAGAUACUAUCUGUCUCAGAUGCAGUGGCAAAUGGUUAAAGAUCUUUUUACUUUGAUAGAUUAUCGAGUUUUUUGUUUGUGUGGAGGAAGGGAUAGGAAGGUUCACAUUGUGUGUUUGUCGAGUGGUAUGUACAGAUGAAAAUUCGUGUAUGUUUUCCUUAAACUUUUUAUGAACGAGACAUGAAGUCUCUAGUAAAAAAAUACUAGGAAAUGUAAGCAAUUUAUGACGCAAAAACAAUGGUCUACAUGAGUCUCGUAAUCCUAUCUUAAACAUAUACCUUACCGCCCUCUUUUGCAACACAAACAACAUAUUAAAGAGAGACAAUGAACAAAAACCCCAGAAACAUAUUCCAUACCGCAAAUGGGAUUCAACGAGAGCAAAGUAUGCACUUUUUGUUGUCCCAAGAUCUAGCUUACUCGAUGUUACUCUGAUUGCAUAACAUCCUGAUGACACCUUUUUGCUCACGUAUGUUAAGUGAGGCUCAAAUUUUAGUCUAUCGUCUAUGUAUACUCCUAAAAACUUACUCGAUUUUUGACUGGCAACAGUAUCUGCCCCUAAGGUAAUUCCCUCAAAACCACAUUUAAAUGUUAACACAUUUGUCUUCGACACAUUAAAAGUUAAACAAUUCGCAUCAGUCCAUUCUUUUACCUUAACUAAAUCAUUAUUGAUAUCCGAUUUAAGCUGUUCUACAUCCUUAUUUACCCAGAGAAUCGUGGCAUCAUCGGCAAACAGUGUAAAUACCCCAACUAUAUCAAUGCUAGACAGAUCGUUGAUGUACAAUAAAAAUAAUAGAGGUCCCAAAACAGAUCCUUGUGGAACUCCUGCACUUAUAGCCAGUUGUUCUGAAUCAACACCAUCAAAAGUAACUCUCUGUGCCCGUUCAGAAAAGUAGGACUCAAACCACUUUAGAGCUACCCCCCUCACCCCAUAGGCUUCCAGCUUACAUAACAUUAUUUUAUGAUUGACACAGUCAAAGGCCUUUGACAAAUCACAAAAAACCGCUGCUGCGACAUCACCGUUAUUUAAUCCCAAAUAUAGUUUCUCCAAAAAUGCGAAAAUUGCAUCAUUUGUGCCACAUGACUCCUGAAAUCCAAACUGUUCACAACAGAGAAUACUAUGUUUUUUAAGAAAAAACAUUAGUAUACUAUCUCUGGAUAAACAAGUUUUCAACCUACAUCAAUAAAGGCAUGUUUCAUUACCUCGCCUGUUGCCUCACUAGUUGCCUCGUGCGGAGGAAUUCUGAUGUCUUCGAAAUUCAAAAUCUUUGGGCAGAAUCAUAAUAAUUCGGUCACCAAAAAUAUCUGUUAUUCAAUGUUUACACAUUUUAACUGGCUUCAAGAAAAUCUGCCAUCACUGUUCAGUUCACUUCAGUUAUUAGGCAACACAUAAUUUAUUUAAUGACUUAUCUCUUUCUAGCUCAUUAUUUCUUAUGAUGGAGAAACCGAAUUUAUUUUUUUUUUCUCAAAAACUAUUGAAGGUAAAGCUAUAAAAUCCUAUAUCAUUGAAAUCAGCUUAAAAAAGGCUAUGCAAUGAAAAAAAUAAUAUCCAGGGUACCCCGUUUAAAAAAACAUAACUUUAGUUAAUAUUCCAAAAUCGGUGGCAUCUGGAAAAAAUUUGGUCAUGCAUGGAUUCUACUUGAAAAAUUGCCUAUAGAAAGUUUAUUUCGUUUUUGGAAAUCUUGAUUAAUAAAGAAAUAAGAAGGUCAUUUGAAAUUGGACAAAAUUUGAAAAGUGCCCUGUAUUCCCUAAACGAAUCAAGUUAGCCGGGAUUUGUCUUCGCCAUUGUUAUUUUCUCGAAAAAAGAGCUCAAGAAUGUGCUCCCAGAUUUUUGAUCUCUGUUGGUUUGUGAUAUAGCCCAUUAAAACAUCGAAAAUGGGCCACCCUGUACAGUUUUAUAAUAUUUAGUUAAUUACAUAUUUGUUCUUAAAACACAGGGAACAGGCUUUUCUGUGUAUAAACUAAGUAAGCUUACAAGGUUAUUGGACCACUAAUGGAGUUACUGUGAAUUUCUCUUGAUCUGAUACUACCUAUACGAGCAGUAGGAAAUCUGAACAUGCACAGGAUGAAAUAUGGUGCUCCAUGUCCUUCAUAUUUUGUUGAUGCUUCAAUUACAUUAUAGAUUAUUUAUUAUGGCCUACUAAAGUGAAGUUGAAUAUAACGCAACUUUUGCUUGAUGUAUUUUUAUGGCCUUUCUAGCUUGCAGAGAAGAAGUGUAACAUGUUAAUUAUAGAUCUAGUUAUUAUGACAUAGGUACUAAACUGUUUUUUUUUUAAUUCCUUUUAGGCCCAGUUGUAUAGUCCAAGUUCAAAUAGUGGUUCAUUUGAAUUCUGCUACUUAUUUAAAAUGGGUUGCUUCCAAUAAAUUGACACCUCGGCAUAUUUCUGACAGCAAUGCAUUCUAAAUGGCAAUGUUCUAUUACCAGUAGAGUUCAUCUGAACCGCAGUCUCUGAGAUUGGACUGUACAACCGGGCUGCAUAUUUUAGAUUUUCGCUAGCUUGCAUAGUAGGAUUUUCAGUAUUUGAUAGCUUGUGAAAUAUGUUCUAGUUGGUACAAUCCAUUUUCCUUCUUGAAAAUUGCAUGAAAUAAUGUAAAAUAAAAGUUGCCAUGUUUUUCUAACAUUAUCCCUUUAAAAGGGAAGUAUCUGUAACUGUUGAACAGAUUUAUCAAUGUAAAAAAUAUUGUAUUUUUUUAAUUUGUACAGAGUGUUCUCCUUGUGUCAAGCACCUACAUGGCUAUUUAAAGCAAAUCAUCUUUAAAGUUAGAGGUAGAUAGGAUUUUUUUGUAAAGUCAGUAUUUGAAAUUUUGUAAGUUCGGCUGUGAGUUUAAAUGCAUUUGUGCCAUUGGCGAUGUAGGUGCUCGAAUUAAAUGUCUUCAGUUUGUUGUGGUAGCCAAAGAAGACUGUGAUUCGUUAUUAUGUGUUACUUUAGUUUUCACAUUCUUUCACAUAGUCUUUGGUUACUGUUAAAAUAUCUGAUGUGAUAUGUUGCGUAGUUUUUCAUGUUUUUCUUUCUGGAAGCAAGCGCGAGAUGCUUUUAAAAAAUAUUUAGUCAUCUAGUUAUUUACUUCAAUUUCAAACUGUUUUGAUACUAAUAUUGUCAAGAAGAGGUAACUGGAUCUGAUGGCAUUUUUAUUUGCUGCUCUCUUUUUGUGACUUGUGUAUUUAAAGUGUGUGUUGAUAAAAAAAAGAUUUUGGGAAAUAUAUUUGUAAAUCUCUAUAUUAUUUAUUUUUGUAAAAAAGAUAAAUACAUGUUUAGACAGAAGCUUUACAUACAUUAUGUAUAUGACCUUAUUUUUGUAUAAUAAUAAACGAGGUAGUUUUCUUAUCAUCUACAACAUAGUGUACAGUUUAUAAGAAUAAGUAAAUUAACAGUUUUUUUAUUGAUAAGAUCUUUUAAUUAUAACAUAAACAUUAAUUGUAAUUUUUAAGCUAACGCAUCACAUUAUAAGAAAAUAAAUCAUCACCUAUAUUUAUACAAUAUGUAAGUUUUUAUAUUCUCACAUGCUAUUUUUUUUUCUUGUGAAGCUUUAAGAUUUUUUUAAUCAAAUAUCUGAUUUUGAAUUUCUCUAUUCCUACAACAGAUAGAUUCACGUGUUGUUUUAUUUGUUAUAUUAAAAACAGGUUUUGUUAAAUUCAAUUACGCAAAUAAACCUUGGCAUAGUCUAAAAGGCAAAAAGACUAAUAAUUUUUAGCUUUAAUAUAUGAAUGACAAUAUUAACAUAUCAAUAUAAAUCCCAUGGGUGGCAGUGGUCUACCAUGUGAUAUGAGGCCUUCUUAGGUAGUCUAAUGGUUGGUUGUUAAUGGGAUGUUGAUUUAGUGUUUAAAAAUGUACAUUUAAAACGAUUAAUCACUUCCCAUUUUUGGUGCUUAAUAAUACUCAGUGUCGUUUUCCAGCAGCUGUGCUAUAAACAUGUAUUUACUAUGUCAAAUAAAAGAUAAUCUCAGAGUUUUCUUUUUUAUUUGUUCUGUGAGUUAAAAUCUAGGAUGUUUGUAUGAACCUGGUAGAUUUUACUCAGAAGAUGGAAUAUGAUAAAAAUACACAGAGUUUCUCUACCUAUUAUACUACUUAUGUCCAACCUUUGUUUGUGUUAUAAAAUUAUUAGUGCUUUAGUAAAGAAUAUACUGCAUCAGUUGGGACUGUCAGAAACAGUGAGUAAGUAGUUGCUAGCCGAUGACCAGUAGUAGUUGCAACUAUUAAAACUAUUGAAUUCCAUUAUUUUUAUGGAAGAAAUUAAUUUGAUAGUAGUUUCAAAAAUUGGCGUGAAUGCCAGAAUCAUUUUAUCCUAUUGAAGCGAGAACAGUGAAAGUGCCUUUAAGAUCAAGACAUGUAAGUAGUGACGGAGAAAUAUGUUAAAUUUUAUACAGUAGAAGCAGUCUCGUUUUCUAUCAAAUUACAGCGGCGUUGUCUGAUUUGAAUUACCGAAUCGCCGCUAUGGGUAGCUGGUUAUAUUUAAUAUCACUAAUAAUCUUCAUUUACGGUAAAAACCCAUUUAAACAAGUACAGUCGUGAGCAUUAAAAAUGGGACACCCGGCGAUUUUGCGUAUUGUAAAACGGGCUCACCAGCAACACCGUCGGCAAUGACAGAGAUUGUCAUAUUUGACAAAAAAUCCGUUCUACAGAAAAGACUGAUUUACCCAAAAUAGCGAAAAAUGACAAAGCCUGUCAGGGUGUCCCACUCUAAUGCUCACGACUGUACCUACAUAAAAUAAAAAGCAAAAUUUUUCUACUCAUAAAUUUGACACUAGCGAGUGCUUUAGAUCUAGCUAAAAGUACAUAUAUCAGAGCAAAAUCAAAACGUUCCACGACACCAUUGGCCAAAAUCGGACAAUUACGUCCCUAUUUGGUGCAGCGCUAUAGGACCGACAUAAGGUUUGGGCGAGCCUCAUCUUCCUGGGAGGUACCUGGCGUGAAAAUUUACCAUUCCAAAUCGCACCACAGGAUGAAUGACAUUAGAAGUUGCUUCAGAGAGUUAAAACACUAUAGCUUUUCGAUGGCCCAUAAUGUUUGACCUUUGCCGAUCUCCUAUUCUUUCAACACGAAACCAAAUAAUCCUAUUCGUUCUAUUAUCGCCUUAUUAGGUCUAUGAGAGUAUUUUUUACACCUUGUGUUUCUUUAGUUCUUUCAAAUUUUAGUUGGUAGGCCCAUUUAUUUCAAGAAGCUCCAUUGACCAUUGGUAUUUGAUGAAUAUUGAAAAACCGCUAAUUUAUUUAAAAAAUAAUAAAAUAUAUUUCAGACAUAACUUAGGCCAAGAAAUUAUCUUAUUGCUAUAGGAUCUUUUGUCGGAGGGGAUGAAGUCUGCUGAAACUCUUUUUUAAUAUCUUCUGGUAUGUCUGGUGUCUUUUUAAUUUCAAGUUGCUGGUUUGUAGGUUUUGAAAGUUUGCCUAAGAAAAGAAUCGUUCCAGUGGUAUCGUCUUGAAUGAAAAAUAAAAAUGGAUGGCUCGCGUUGAAUACGUUCUCUGGUACUCCGAUUUUAUUUCCGAU